UCGUUCCCCAUCUUCAACCCCUUCCCUUUGUCUCUCUAAAAGGCUCUCGCUCUCUCUAGAACUUCUAAGUGGACCGUCGGAGUACUUCCCGGUCUUCACCGACGAAAAGAGUCUCUCUCUCUAUCUCAGAGAUCGGACCUCUCUCACUCACCAACCGUCCCUCUCUCACUCACCAUUCGUCCCUCUCUCCAGCUUCAACGUGAGCGUGAUCCCCUCUGCAAUUGCUUGGACCACGCAAUUCAGCUUGGAAUCCUUAGUCGGGGACCCAUGAGGAGCCUUCUCUCACUUCCCAGGUCGUCACUUACUCACCACUGUAGGAAGAGUUGCAAGCCAUUCUAUAGGUAUUUGAACACGCAAGCCCCAACCACAUCAAGCACUCCCCAGCUCCCACCCCCUCCACCUCCCCCCGAGAAAACUCACUUCGGUGGCCUCAAGGAUGAGGAUCGCAUCUUCACCAACCUUUAUGGCAUGCAUGACCCAUUCCUCAAAGGAGCCAUGAAAAGGGGUGACUGGUGCCGAACCAAAGACCUCGUCCUCAAAGGCUCUGAUUGGAUUGUCAACGAGAUGAAAAAAUCAGGUCUUCGAGGACGAGGAGGUGCCGGCUUCCCUUCAGGCCUCAAAUGGUCUUUUAUGCCAAAGGUCUCUGAUGGCCGCCCCUCUUACCUUGUUGUGAACGCUGAUGAAAGUGAGCCGGGAACCUGCAAAGACCGCGAAAUUAUGCGUCAUGACCCUCAUAAACUCCUUGAGGGUUGCUUGAUUGCUGGUGUUGCCAUGCGAGCUAGUGCAGCCUAUAUCUAUAUUCGGGGUGAGUAUGUCAAUGAGAGGCUCAACCUCCUCAAGGCCCGAAAAGAAGCCUAUGAGGCUGGAUUGCUUGGUAAGAAUGCAUGUGGCUCGGGCUAUGACUUUGAUGUACACAUUCACUUUGGGGCUGGUGCUUACAUUUGUGGUGAAGAGACGGCACUAUUGGAGAGCCUUGAGGGCAAGCAAGGGAAACCAAGGCUUAAGCCUCCUUUCCCUGCAAAUGCGGGGCUUUAUGGGUGCCCCACCACCGUAACUAAUGUUGAGACAGUGGCUGUGUCACCAACCAUAUUGCGCAGGGGCCCCGAGUGGUUUGUGAGCUUUGGUCGAAAGAACAACUCAGGGACGAAGCUCUUUUGCAUUUCGGGCCAUGUGAACAAGCCUUGCACUGUCGAGGAGGAGAUGAGCAUACCCCUCAAAGAGCUUAUCGAGAGGCACUGUGGAGGGGUUCGAGGAGGUUGGGAUAACCUAUUGGCUAUAAUCCCUGGUGGCUCAUCGGUCCCUCUCUUGCCAAAAAACAUUUGUGAUGAUGUUUUGAUGGAUUUUGAUGCGCUCAAAGCUGUUCAAUCCGGUUUGGGUACAGCCGCUGUUAUAGUGAUGGACAAGUCGACUGACGUUGUUGAUGCAAUCGCGAGGCUAUCGUAUUUUUACAAGCACGAGAGUUGUGGGCAAUGCACACCUUGUAGGGAAGGCACGGGGUGGCUUUGGAUGAUGAUGGAGAGGUUGAAGGUUGGGAAUGCUAAGCUCGAAGAAAUCGAUAUGCUUCAAGAGAUCACUAAGCAGAUUGAGGGCCACACAAUUUGUGCUUUGGGGGAUGCGGCAGCCUGGCCUGUGCAGGGCUUGAUAAGGCAUUUCAGGCCCGAGCUCGAGAGGAGGAUUAGGAGUAGGGCAGAGAGAGAGUUACUGGAAUCAGCUUCUGCUGCCUCUGCUUGACAGAGAGAGAGAGAGAGAGGGAGAGAGUAAUGGGUUUUCAGUUUUUUGUUGGUUAAAUUCCCCUGCAGGAGCUUUCGAACAAUUGAUCGGCUCCUGUGAAAUAAAAGGGGAGGAGCUUUGGAGAUGAAUAAUUGUAUUUAUUAAGUGUUAUUGAAUAUUUGUGUAGCCGACUCCAUAUUAAUUGGAAAUUAGUUGAGGAAAUGUUAUUGAUCAUGUGAAAA